AGAGGUCUGAGGCUGCGGAAGUGUUCCUCUCGGAACGGCGAUAGGAGGGUGUGAUUCCGGAAAAUCCAUCUGCGACCUCUACGCCCAGAGACCAGGAUGCAGCCCUGCCGCUCCAACCGGGAUCUGGAUAAAAGACUGGGCUUUUUUAUCGCCAACCACUCGCCAUCCGGACCGCAGCCCGUGCAGACUCCGAAACUCGACCUUCCUCCCGCAGAGAUGUCGUACCAAGACCAACAGCAGGUCAAGCAGCCGUGCCCACCACCUCCCCCGAUCCCUCAGCCGUGCCCUCCGCCUGUGCAAUGCCCACAGCCCUGCCCUCCGCCUGUCCAGUGCCCGCAGCCGUGCCCGCCGCCUGUUCAGUGUCCGCAGCCCUGCCCACCUCCUGCACAGAACCCUCAGCCCUGCUCUCCUACUUGUCCGGAGCCUCCCGUGCCAUGGCAGCAGCAGGAGUAGCUGGUGGCCUUUGACGUCCCCUCUCGGGCGCUGACCCUUUCCACCCCGCCUCUCGGAAUAAAGUUGCACCUUCGGGUUCCAGU